AUGUCGUUGGCCAGCACGACCGAGCAAUAUGCCUCUACUCUGCAGGAGAAGAAUGGCUCUGUUCACGUAGCGACCAAAGCCCUGUCGAGCCCUUGGCGCCCAUUGUCGCUCAUAUAUAGCAUGUGGCUGUUUACCGAGAGUGACUUCUUCACACUCGUCAUCCCCAUGUCGCUCUUUGGAAUAUCUGCCGCUCUAUCCGGGACACUCCUCUCGCCCGGUAGCGACAACACAGCCACGGACGUCCUUUCGCGCGUGCCAUAUGUUGUUCUGUCGAGCUGGAUGCAUCUGCUCGUCUUCGACCUGGCAAACCAGCGGACAGUGGAGGCGGCGGUGGAGGAUGGGCUGAACAAGCCGUGGCGACCAGUCCCGGCCGGGCGUAUGACGCCGACCCAGGCACGACGUCUACUCCUCGCCGCCUUGCCCUGCGUCGUUAUCGGCAAUCACUUGCUUGGGACCGGCGUCGAGGCACUGGUCCUCGUGAGCCUAACAUACAUGUACAACGACCUACGUGGCGGUGAAGAUCACUUUGUCAUCCGGAACGCCCUCAUCAGCGUUGCGUUUGGAGUCUACCAUCUGGGCGCCAUGCGCAUCGCCACCGGGAACAUAGAUCUCCCCAUCAUGCUCACUGAGGACGCCACGGCGUGGCUAUGUCUCAUCAGCGCCGUCAUCUUGACAACCAUGCACGUGCAGGACAUGAAGGACGUCGCUGGAGACCGAAUGCGCGGCCGACACUCGGCACCCAUCAUCCUUGGGGACUCCGUCACUCGAUGGUCCAUUGCCGUCCCGGUGGCCAUAUGGUCUUUUGUGUGCCCCGCGUAUUGGAGCGUGUCCGUCCCGUAUUAUUCUCUAUCUGUCGGACUUGGAGCUGUCGUCUGUACCAGGCUUCUCUUGAUCAGGAACACGGAAGGUGACAAGGCGACGUGGCAGAUAUGGUCAGCGUGGACAGCUGGACUGUACCUCUUGCCAGUGUUUAAGGAUCACUCUCUUUUGCUAUAG